UUUAUUAGAGACUUUUGCCCUUUUUCUCAUUGAUGCUGAAAAAAGCAACCUCCAAUUUGUGAAGCAAGGUUUCAGAAAAAUUCAAAUUCACAAAAGAGAACGAUCGAAAAUACCACUAGUAUUUUGAAAUAAGCUCCAAUCCAUGGCUACACGGUUGAUCUAUUCCAGACUCUCACUCUCUAGACUCUCUGCAAUGGGUGGACCCAAGAAUGGAAGAUUUCUUUCAACAGAGUCUAACAAGAUUGACGAGCCUUUUAAAGUUGAAGAAGCAGAGACCGUGAAUGUACCUCCUCCUCCUUCUGAGAAGCUGCUUGUGUUGGGUGGAAAUGGAUUUGUUGGCUCCCAUAUCUGUAGGGAAGCUUUGAACCGUGGUCUGGCUGUUGCAAGCCUCAGCAGGUCUGGCGGAUCAUCUUUACAGGACUCUUGGGCUAAGAAUGUGACAUGGCAUAAAGGGAACCUUCUUUCUUCUGAUUCGUGGAAGGAAGCUCUGGAUGGAGUUACAUCUGUUAUCUCUUGCAUUGGCGGUUUUGGAUCUAAUUCAUAUAUGUAUAAGAUUAAUGGGACUGCAAACAUCAAUGCUAUCAGAGCUGCUGGAGAUAAAGGUGUGAAAAGAUUUGUUUAUAUCUCCGCUGCUGAUUUUGGCUUGGCAAACUAUUUACUUAAAGGAUAUUACGAGGGGAAGAGAGCUGCUGAGACAGAGUUACUCACGAAAUUUCCGUACGGAGGAGUGAUUUUGAGGCCUGGCUUCAUUCAUGGAACUCGCACUGUUGGAAGUAUGAAGUUACCUCUAGGCGUUAUUGGUUCACCACUGGAAAUGGUUCUUCAACAUGCAAAACCAUUGAACCAGCUACCACUAGUUGGACCCUUGUUCACUCCUCCCGUUAAUGUUACGGCAGUUGCCAAGGUUGCAGUGAGAGCAGCAACUGAUCCAGUUUUCCCCCCAGGCAUCGUAGAUGUCUAUGGAAUACAACGAUUUAGCCAGCAAAUGUCAAGAUAGAUGAGUUGAAAUUUGAGUUUUGCGUUGUUUCCUUUUUUUCAGUAUAAAGCUAUUGAAGGUAUUUAAGUGGAGGAUUGUAAAUUCUUGUGAUGGUCGCUGCUGCGUUUAAGAGAGUGAAGGAAACAAGGUCAAUAGUCCACUCACUCGGGUUCAAUAAAAAAUUCAGGCAUUAGCCUCUAUUAUAGUAGAAGAAAUUUAAAAAGGCUGUUUUGUGCUUUCGAA